AUGUCCAUAAGUGUCAUAGGUGCCGUUGGACUUCAGAUAGUCUUGGAGAUAGCAGAAACCCAGCGCUGCAUUCUUGCUCGUCUGCUGCUGUCACAGCCCGUCAAACAUUGUCGCAGUUCACGACCAUACAUUGAUAUUCUCUGGAUAAAAUUUCAAUGCAAUCAGCUACCACUUGGAGACGACAUGGCUGUUGCGCUUGACAAGAAUACCACUAUAACUCUCAUGCUGGUGAAGAACCGUUGUUCCACCUGCGAGGACAUCGAUGCGGUGUGGGAAGUCACCGAUGCCAUGGCAGGAGCUAGCAGCAUCGUCGACAUCAUCCCGAUCAUCAUCGCAUAUUCACCUUCAGAAGAACUUAUUCUCACGGAUGUAGACAAGAAUAACUUCAAUAGUGCUUUAGACAUGUUCCGUACUGUUCAUGAGCGGCAUGGCACUGCUCUGGUUAGCAUCAAAUUGCCGGUGUCUGGCCUGCAACGUAUUGAGACACUGACAGGAUCUGACAAAGGGGAGCGUGAUAUGUUGAAAGUCUUCAACGGAUACGCUGUUCAUGUGGAGGAGGAGCAGCUUGGGCCAGAGUGA